CCUGUGUGCCGCCUAUAGUAUCACAGCCUCUCCAUCGCUUGACCAAAAGGGACCCAGGCAGAGAGAAGAGCAGGGAUAAAAUGGCGGAGUUGCCAGCCAUAGAAUUAACUGACUUGGCCCAUGCCAAUGGCAGGUUCACCAUUAGCACCCUGAUCAGCACCGAGGACAGCAGCAAACCUCACUAUGGACAGCCUGACGCUGCCGCUUGUGAGGCUACCCAUCCCAGCCACCUCACCCACAGCAGCACUUUCUACAUGAGGACCUUUGGCUACAACACCCUGGAUGUUGUGCCGACUUAUGAACAUUACGCCAACACGAAGGUGGCGGGUGAAACCAAUAAAGUUAGGCCCACGCUGGCAGAUCUACAUUCUUUCUUGAAGUCGGACAAUAGCCGUCUCCACAACCCAGUGUACGAACCCCAGAGAAGUAACGGCCUGAGUGAUGAAACGACCGAGGAAGAUGGUGGUGAGGGUGGGGAAAAGCCUCCAGGCGAGCCGGUCCGAUUUGGAUGGGUGAAAGGAGUGAUGAUCCGAUGCAUGCUGAACAUCUGGGGUGUGAUUCUCUAUUUGCGAUUGCCCUGGAUCACUGCACAGGCAGGAAUCGCACUCACAUGGCUGAUUAUCUUCAUGUCUGUGACGGUGACGAGCAUCACAGGCUUGUCCAUCUCUGCCAUCUCCACCAACGGCAAAGUGAAAUCAGGUGGCACCUAUUUCCUUAUCUCAAGAAGCCUCGGUCCAGAGCUGGGUGGUUCCAUCGGUCUCAUAUUUGCCUUUGCGAAUGCCGUGGCAGUGGCCAUGCACACGGUGGGCUUUGCGGAAACUGUGCGCGAUCUGCUCCAGGAACAUAACUCGCCCAUUGUAGACCCCACAAAUGACAUCCGCAUCAUCGGGGUCAUCACAGUGACAGUGCUACUUGGGAUUUCCUUGGCCGGAAUGGAGUGGGAAGCAAAGGCACAGGUGCUGUUCUUCAUAGUCAUCAUGAUUUCCUUUGUAAAUUACAUAGUGGGGACGGUGAUUCCAGCCUCCGAGGAGAAGCAGGCAAAAGGAUUCUUCAGUUACCGAGCUGAUAUUUUUGCUCAGAACUUUGUGCCAAAUUGGCGCGGACCAGAUGGCACCUUCUUUGGUUUGUUUUCCAUUUUCUUUCCAUCAGCGACUGGCAUCUUGGCUGGAGCCAACAUUUCAGGUGAUUUGAAGGAUCCAGCCAUAGCCAUUCCCAAAGGCACACUGAUGGCUAUAUUCUGGACUACAAUAUCCUAUCUGGCUAUUUCUGCUACAAUUGGUGCCUGUGUGGUACGUGAUGCCUCUGGGAGCCUGAAUGACUCCAUCCCUGUUGGCUCUCCGGGCUGCGAAGGACUUGCUUGUGACUACGGGUGGAACUUCACGGACUGUGCUCAGAAACAGAGCUGUCACUAUGGACUCAGCAAUUAUUACCAGAGUAUGAGCAUGGUAUCUGGAUUUGCCCCUCUGAUCACGGCUGGAAUCUUCGGGGCCACCCUCUCUUCUGCUUUGGCCUGCCUGGUCUCAGCACCUAAAGUCUUCCAGUGCCUGUGCAAGGACCAGCUCUACCCUCUGAUCGGCUUCUUUGGGAAGGGCUAUGGGAAGAACGAGGAGCCCAUCAGGGGUUACAUGCUGACCUACAUCAUAGCAGUGGGGUUCAUUCUUAUCGCUGAAUUGAACACUAUUGCCCCAAUCAUCUCCAACUUCUUCCUGUGCUCGUACGCACUCAUCAAUUUCAGCUGUUUCCACGCCUCCAUCACCAACUCGCCGGGAUGGAGACCAUCCUUUAGAUAUUACAGCAAGUGGGCUGCGCUCUUCGGUGCUGUCAUCUCUGUCGUGAUCAUGUUUCUAUUGACCUGGUGGGCAGCCCUGAUAGCCAUUGGCAUCAUUGUCUUCUUACUGGGAUACGUGCUCUACAAAAAGCCUGAAGUGAACUGGGGCUCGUCUGUGCAGGCAGGUUCGUACAACUUGGCCCUGAACUAUUCCGUGGGACUCAACGAAAUCAGCGAGCACAUUAAGAACUACAGACCCCAGUGCCUGGUCUUAACAGGCCCUCCCAACUUCCGCCCAGCCCUGGUGGAUUUUGUGGGCACUUUCACCAAAAACCUCAGCUUGAUGAUUUGUGGGAAUGUGCUGAUAGGACCAUGCAAGCAGAAGAUGUCAGAAUGCAGGCUCACCUCCAACGGCCAUACAAAGUGGCUGACCAAGAGAAAGAUCAAAGCUUUCUAUACGGACGUGGUAGCUGAUGACUUGAGAAGUGGAGUCAAAACACUUAUGCAGGCAUCCGGUCUUGGGAAGAUGAAACCCAACAUCCUGGUGAUCGGGUACAAGAAGAACUGGCAGACAGCUCACCCUAGGACUGUGGAGGAGUACACUGGAAUCCUGCAUGAUGCGUUUGACUUCAAGUAUGGAAUAUGCUUAAUGCGAAUGAAGGAAGGGCUGAAUGUUUCCAGAAUGAUGCAGGCUCACAUUAACCCGGUGUUUGACCCAGCAGAAGACCGUAAAGAGAAUGGAGCAAAUGGUGUGGUACCCACUGUGACAGGAACAUUGGAUCCGGAUGCCCUUACAGCGGAACAGCAAGCAAGCACCAUCUUCCAGACUGAACAGGGCAAGAAGACUAUCGACAUCUACUGGCUCUUUGAUGAUGGAGGUCUGACGCUCCUGAUUCCGUUCCUCCUCAGUCGCAAGAAGCGGUGGGGCAAGUGCAGAACCCGGGUGUUUGUUGGUGGGCAGAUCCACAGGAUGGAUGAAGAGAGGAAGGCGAUUGUCUCUCUAUUGAGCAAGUUCCGACUUGGGUUCCAUGAGGUGCAUGUCCUUCCAGACAUUAACCAGAAACCACGCCCUGAACACAUCAAGAGAUUUGAUGACCUGAUCGCCCCCUUCAGGCUGAACGAUGGGUUUAAGGACGAGGCCGUGGUGAAUGAAAUGAGGCGUGACUGCCCCUGGAAGAUUUCUGAUGAGGAGGUUAAUAAAAACAAAGUAAAGUCGCUUCGACAAGUGAGACUGAAUGAGAUUUUGCUGGAUUACUCACGGGAUGCUGCUCUCAUAGUCAUAACCUUGCCAAUAGGCAGAAAGGGGAGAUGCCCCAGCUCCCUCUAUAUGGCCUGGCUAGAAACCCUCUCGCAAGACCUGAGACCCCCAGUUAUUCUGACCAGAGGAAACCAAGAAAAUGUUCUGACGUUUUACUGCCAGUAGAAUGUGGUUGACUACACGCCACGAUCCAGUUCACAUUAAUGGGAGUUUUACCAUUGAUGCCAAUGGAGGAAAGAGGAUUCAGAAGAAAACUACAACUGGGGACAAAGAAUGGGAAAGACUCUGCACUAAACAGCAUCAGAUCAGGGAAGUUCUCCUUGACUUUUAGGACUCAAUGACACUUUACCUUGAAAGUAAGAGAAGAGCCAAGCAAUUGUGCUUCGGGUAUCUGCAAACUAUGGAUAUAUCAGAAUCUGUCAGAGAGCCAGUGGGAACUGGACAUCCCUGUCUCCAGGGCAACUGAGUCAAGAUCCCCAGAGAUCUGGACCUAGUGGACUGAAAGGAGAUGACACAGCAGAGGAUUGUCAGUUUAUUGGUUGUUUGGGAUUUGUGGAGGGUUGCAGGGAGGAUUAGAUGAAGCAAUUCAAUUCAAUGAGACUUUUUUGGGAUGACAAGAUACAUAUGUAUUGCUAAAGUGUAAGACAAAUGCCAGACCCUUCAGGUGUCUGUCAGGGGCAGGUAUGACCUAGCCGGUGUGGGGCCACACACUGUUUGGGGGUCCAUUUGUUAUUACUGUCCAUACCUGAUCUGGUGUCAGGAUGGUAAGUGGUGCAGUGCCAUUUCUCUCCUCUCUUUCAGGGCCAGGCACAAUUUUUCCUCACUGCUUUUUGCUGAGACAUCUUUUAUAAUUCCCCAGAUUUGAGGAAAUCUGUCUCUUGCAGUUGUAUUUGAGACACUGGAGCAGAAAGCAUCUCCCUGUCUCAGUCUCUCUGUCUCAGUACAGUUGCUUCUCUCUAGGGUUAGACUGCAGUGUAGACAUACUCUGAGACUGUAAACUUUUUUGGGUAGGAACUAUCUCUUUAUUAAAUAUUUGUACAGUACCUAGCACACGGGGGUCUAGGCGCUAAUGCAAUACAAAUAUUAGAGAAGUAUAACAGUAACUUACUCAGACAUGGUCCACUUCUCUUUCCUUACAUUAUUUUUGUAUGAAGCAUAGUUGUAUCCAUGUCAGUCAAAGGAUAUGAGAGAGAGAAGGUGGGUGAGAUAAUAUCUUUUUCUGGACCAACUUCUACGGGUUAGAGAGACAAGCUUUCGAGCCACACGGGGCUCUUCUUCAGGACUGGGAAAGGUACUCCAAGCAUCACAGCCAAAUGCAAGGUGGACAGAUUGUUUAGCAAAAGUAGUUAAUCCAUAUUCGAAGGGACCAUUCAAGGUAGAGUGGCCCAUUAACACCUCUGCA